CUCUGGCUUUCUUGAUGAAACACUUGAACAGAACCACCGUGCCCCGCCCAACCUCCGGCCCCACGGAGGACGGAGGAGGCGGCGCCAUCACAUUCGCCGAUGUCUACCCCGACAUUCUGGCUGCCCACAUCCUCACCCGCCUCGACGGCCCAACGCUCGCCGCCACCAGCUGCGCCUCCGCCCAACUCCACUCGCUCUCUGCCCAAGACCACCAUCUCUGGGCAGCCGCUUGCCUCUCCGCCUGGCCCUCCACCGCCGCCAUUCCCCGCCUCCUCUCCACCUUCCCCGGCGGCCCGCGCAGCUUCUUCUCUCUGUCCUACCCCCUGCUCCUCCCCAACCCAGCCGCAGCCGCCACCUCCCCGCCCCCGCCGGAGCUGAUCUCCGCCGUCGAUAUAUACCACAAGGGCGCUGCCAUAUUCUCCAAAGUCCAAGAAACAGAGACCCUCUCGGCCUGGUUCUUAUGCUCCCCUUUCAGAAUCGAUGCCUUGGACCCAAAAAACUUCAUCUCCACCACCAUCCGGCACCCGGACGAUGGGUCCUCUUGCACCCAGCUGGGGGCGGAGAUGACUCUCAGCUGGGUUCUGAUCGACCCAGUUAGCCGGAGGGCUGCGAAUCUGUCCUGCCACAAGCCGGUGGCUGUGCAGCGCCACUGGCUCAGCGGUGAGGUCCUGCUCCGCUUCGGAACCGUCGUAUCCGGCUGCCGGAAUAAGAAGAGACGCGACGAUCUCGUUCACUGCAGCAUACUGGUGACCGGCGGGGCGUCGGAGUCUGGCGACAUGCAGAUCAGAGAGGUGAGCUUAAAGGUGGAAGACAUGGACGGAAUGCAGUUGACGGGGAAGGAGAGCUUGGCGGUGUUUCACCGGGCGUUGGACGGAAAAAGAGGGAAGAAGAAGACGAGGGAAGAAGAAGGAAAGAGGAGGUACAGAGAGUUCCUGGAGAUGAAGAGAGAGAGACGAGAGAGAAAGCUGAAAGCUGAGGGAACACUCGACGCACUGUGCGUAGCCUUUGGAGUCUCCAUUUCGGUGGCUUUCCUCGGGCUCUUCCUCCUCGGCUAGAAGGAGAAAGAAGAACCAAACACGGGAUUCAAAACAAUGAACAUUACCUUCUUACAAUGGCCAUCGUAUAAUCAUACUAACUAACCCUUAAUCUUAGUUAACAGCCUUCAUCAUCUUCUGCUUUUCUUUUGCUUGGUGCUUGGUGCUUGGUGCUUGGUGCAGGACAGAGAGAUCAAAGCAGGGAACACGUAGUGAAUUUACUCUUAAGAUCAACAAGGGAAACAGAUGUAUUGCUGGAGAGCAGAGAGAGUUGGAGUUGGGUUGGUGUCAGAUUCUAUACAUUUUUGUACGAUUAUUAAUGUUGAACAAUUGGGUGGACAAAAUCUUGAUUCUGGACAAGCAGAA